AUGGAGUUGGCCCACAACGACUAUGCCGUAGCAUGGAUCUGCACCUUGCCACUGGAAAUGGCAGUGGCAAAGACUAUGCUGGAUAAGGUCAAUCCUUCACUACCCCAGCCAGAAACCGACCACAAUGUCUACACGCUUGGAAGUAUUAGCGGCCACAGUGUGGUAGUGGCCUCCCUCCCGUCCGGUGUGUAUGGAACCCCAUCUGCUGCAAUUGUGCUUGCUCACAUGCUUCCAACAUUUCCUUCUCUUCGAUUUGGGCUGAUGGUAGGAAUUGGCGGCGGUGUACCCGGCAAAAAUGCUGAUAUUCGCCUUGGUGACAUCGUCAUUAGCCUUCCAACUGCUGCUCAUGGGGGCGUGAUUCAAUAUGACUAUGGGAAGACUCUUUGUGAUAGAUAA